GAAGAAACAUGGUACAUAAAUGCCUCUUUCCAUCCUUCCAAAUCCGUAUCACCAACGCCGCAGUCUUACCCCUUGCAGAUCUCUUACCUAAAAUCCGCUUAUACCUUCACCAUCCCAACAACGAACGCCAUGCACAUCAUCACGAACCCCUCCACCGGCGAAGGACGCAAUGUUAGCUUUGAAACAAAUGCCUCAUAUGUCAACUUUACCAACGACAACAAUUCGACCACCUUCAACAACUCCACUUUUAUCAGCAAUCACGAAAAAUUGCCUUGGUAUAUGGGACAAUAUACUACACCCGUCACAGCUGUGCUGGAGGCUUACGUCCUGAUAUCGUUUCUGAUCUUCUUCGUCAUGUUUAUGCUGUGUGUGCAUCGGCAUGGAUGUUGUCACAUCUUUCACCGCAGAAGACGUCGUCAUCGUCAAAGAGCUGUGCGGUAUCAACAACAGAUGCGAGUCAGGGCUUGGGAGGAAGAACAAGCAAACCGUAUACAUGAUGACGAUGACGAAGAUGAAGAUAUCGAUGGUCAUGAAGUCGACAGUCUCGACACGGAAAAUGGUGAUCGUGUGCAGGAGAUUCAGAGGUUGGAAAGGGCGUUGAGAAGUGCUGGGAUCGCUUGAUGUCGAUGGAGACUUUUUAGGAGGAAGAGGUAAUGGGAAGGAGAUGGAUUACGAAAGACAUGAGAACAUGAAUGGGGGAUUUGGUUGCUGUGUCAAUUGAUUUGACAGUACAGCAGAUGGAAUGCUUGAGAAAAGCUUUCUCCUAAUUCCUUGUUUGGGAGCACAGGCAGAUCUUUUGUGUCUUAGCCGUGGAAAAGCACAAGUGUAUACACAGAUCGCGUCCAUCCA